GCUGCGAGAAGACGAUCUUCAGCAAGGAGCUGGACUUAGCAAUGGCAACUGGCGGGGAUCAGAAUGGUAAUUGGAAUGGCGGAAACGGCGGUGGAGGGAAUGGUGGUGGGUGGAAUGGCGGGAACGGUGGAAACGGCGGAGGGGAACAACUGGAAUGGUGGGGGCGGUAACAUCGGCUAUGGAGGCGGCGGCAAUAACGACAACGGCGGGAGCAACGGUGGUAAUGGGGGCAGCGGAAACGGUGUUAACAGUGGAGGUGGUAACUCGGGAGGUAGAAACGGUAACGGAGGAGGUAGAAAUGAGGGUAAUGGCGGCAAUUGGAAUGGAGGCAGCCAUGGGAACUGGAACAAUAGUGGGAAUUGGAACAACGGGGGCAGCGGGGGGAACGGUAAUGGCGGCAACAGUGGCGAUUGGCAGAGGUCUGCUCGCUGCUACAAUUGCAACCAGUUCGGUCACAUUGCCCGGGAAUGCAACGCGCCUCGGCAGAACCAAGGUGGCGGCAAUUGGAACAACGACAGCAAUGGCGGUGGAGGAGGUUGGAACGGAGGACGUAGUAGCAAUGGAGCAAGUAACUCUUCGUUGACAGGGGAGGCAACAAAUAUGAUUGGGAUUAGUCGGGAGUUGGAGGAAUCACUCAAGGCGAAGACCGUUGUAUCCGAAAAAGCGGUGAAAGGUAAAGCAGCAGUGGCCGAGAUGAGUUCAGACGAGGAGGAGGAGGAUCCUGCGGAGGAGCGUCUCGAGAAACACAAGCGGCAACCUCCGGCUUUGGCGUGUCAAGCCAGCCCGCCUGGCAAAUCGCCUUCGAAGGUAGGGAGGGCCUCGACUUUCGAACCUCCAGGCACUCCCCGCCAGGAUGAGUCUCAUUGCCUUCGGGUGCCGAGCAGACGAGACCGGACCGGUACAGAACAACUGGGAUUCCCACUGCAGGAAUCUGCCUUGUGGGAAGGUGCACCUGCGGCCAGUGACUUCACUUCGGUAGUGGCACUGCGUAAAGCACUUCGUAAGUUCCUGCCUAAGAAGACGAAGCCAACGAUUCAGAAAAUGCGCAGGGAGGCGGGGGUAGUCUACCGAGGUCGACCUGAUGCUACAGACGAGCUGAUAGAGCUGAGAGUUAUGUACUUCAGCACCGAACGAGCGCCGCAGCAAGCGAGGGCAGCAACUCCAAGACCACGAGGAGGUGACAUCGUCAUCCGAGACGUCCAGGUGACGGAACGUGACCAGCCAGCUCGGAGAUCCGAACCCGGGCCUGGGAGUAAUGGCCAACAUGCAUCAGAUGCAUCAGCACAACCAUCCCACGGCUACCCUCGAUUGCCAGAUCAACGGCUGCUUGCCCCACCUCCUGAAGAUGUCGGGCCCUCUCCUUCUCCUUCUCCAUCCCUCCCCGUCGAGCCCAGCAAGUCUUCCCCCGCUCCAUCCAUUGUCAGUCUUCCCACAUCAACACCUCCUCCUCCAUCACCAUCAGCUCCAGCAUCACUCUCAAGCACCCCUCCUCCUCCACCAUCACUGCCAACAACUCCACCAUCGUCAUCACCUCCGCCCUCGGCAACAUUGGGGGUGGGCGUGAAUGUCGGAUUCGGCUACAGCUCCACUCAGAUUAAUGCGAGCAAGAUUUUGGAAAUCGUACAGAAGAUCAAGGCGUCUUCGGUCAAAUUGUUCGGCGAUUUUGUGGAUACUCCCGCAGCCGUGGCGCUCAUCGACUCGCUGGCGGGGACGGGAAUCGAUGUCGUGAUCCCUGUUCAUCUCACGGACAUAGCUACGCUUGCCUCCGACUACAACUCAUCUCGGGAGUUCGUUCAGACCAAGGUCAAAGCCCGCCUCGAUCAAUCAAUCGCCAUCUCCACCAUCGCGAUUGGCAACGAAGUUCUUCUUCCGGAGCAUGGCACUACUUACUGGGCCACGAUCGUUCCUGCGAUGGUGAAUGUCCACAAAGCACUCCAGGAAUUUGGUCUGGACCAGACCAUCAAGGUUGUCACCCCCCUCAACUUCAAUUGUCUCCGAGCGACGUACCCUCCAAGCGCAGGGCUAUUUAACCAGUCGUACAUCAAUACAAUAAAACCUUUGUUGCAGUUCCUGAAUGAAACGGGCUCCCCCUUCAUGGUGAACAUAUACCCCUUUUAUCCGACAAGGGACCCCACUAACAAUUUUAUGGUCGAUUUUGUGCUGGGGGUCCCCGGCAGCAGGAUAGACACAGACCCGGUCACUGGCUUGAGUUACACAAACAUGGUGGACAUGAUGAUGGAUGCUCUUGCCUUUGCGAUAGAGAAGGAAGGCUUCUAUGGGAUGCCUUUGGCUAUUGGGGAAGUGGGAUGGCCCACUGGUGGGCACCCCAUUGCGACGGUCGCGAAUGGAGAGAAGUUCAACAACUACCUUGCCGGGCAACUGAUGAGCAAGAAGGGUACUCCAAAGCGCCCGGGCGAUGACGGGUGGAUGCAGGUUUACCUGUUCGAGUUGCUGGAUGAAGACCUAAAGCCAUACACAGAUGACAAUGGAAUCUUUGAGGGGGAAUGGGGAAUCUACUAUCUGAAUGGAACAGCCAAGUACCCAAUUGACUUGACGAAAGGAUGGAAUGCUACGACUGGUCGUCUCAGUGGCGCUCCUGCCGAUGCGUCCACUCCUGCCACGCCUAUUGACUCGAGUUGUGUCCCUGGUGACAGAGGGGGUGUCGCUCCCCACCAAUAGAUGGAGCUUCUCCCCAGGUGCUAGUGGUGUUUGGUUCCUCGAAUCAACACCACUAGCACUA